AUGUCCAAUAGUUCGGACGAAGAAGAACUUUUACUUUUAUAUGCAGUAGUUGAAAGUCAACAAAAGGAGAAGCGAAUUUGGGUUCAUGACAUAAAUAAAAAAAAGAGAAAAUUAUGGCCUUAUGGUGGCAAAUUUAGCACUUGACCUCAGUGUACUUCUGGCAAAAUAUUUGUAUUUCUUGAUGUCUCAGGACAGUUUUGAAGAAUUGUACGAACUGAUUUUACUAAGGAUUGACAAAAAUAACGCUGUAACGCACGUGAUUUUGUAAAUGUGUACAACUUUGUGUUUAAGCGUCGCGUUCUUGUGCCACGUUAACCACGCUGACGAGCCAUGUUUGACGGCCGAUAUAAUUUGUAAUUAAAUACAACGCGACGAUAAUAACGCUUUCACGCGCGUGAACAACGCGUUCUGUUUGACAAGGCCUUAAUAAAUUUCAAUAAUAUUGUUUUUACUUAAUUUAUUUAUUUAUUAUUUAUUAUCUUUAGCUUGACGUACCGGUCAAAUAUCGCCGGUCGUUAAUAGGCAUCAACGAGGAGACUGUCCGUAAGCUUUGUAGUACAUUUAAAGUACAAAUUGUAAUUCCUCCAAAAGAGGAGUACAAAAAUAUCAUAAAGGUAAGUGUAAUAAAAUUGUGUGUGUUAUUUGAUCAAAAGAAAUUAUUGCAACGAUCAAUUAUUAUAAAAAUCAAAAUAUAACUAAAAUUUGUUGUAUUUUUUGUUUGUAUUUUAGAUUACUGGACCUCAACAAAACUUAGAACAAGUCGUCAAGGAAAUCAAGGCGCUAAUGGAGGAUUUUGAUAAUAAGCAAUUACGAGCUCGUAUAAUUCAGGUAUUUUGAUAUUCGGUUAAUAUACAAUGUAUUUAAUGAAAGAGAAUAUGGAAAUUUAUUUUGUUUUUCCUGUUAUUUGUUUCGUGUCAUAAUAUUGUUUUUAAUUUGUUUUAUAUAUACACAGACUGCUAACGACCACAAGAAGAUUGCUCGUAAAGAAAACUCCGCAGAUAAGAAAACAAUCGGUGAGGUUCAAUGCAUGCAAGAACACACUAGUGAUACUUCUGGCGGUACUAUUAUCCCAAGUAUGCAGUGUCAUUUUUUAUUAUUUUUAAUCCGUUAAUCAAAAUAAAUUUGAUUAAAUAUUAUAUUAGUUUAUAAACAAAAAUGAAAUAUAUUAUAUCCACAUUAAAACUUUCAAAUUAGCCGAUAUGUUAAAUAUAGUAAUCUAAAACAUACAAAUUUUAAUGCAUGUAAAGCGUUCAAGGUUACCAGAUUUAUUGGACGACAAUUUAAUUUCUCCAUUUAUAAACAUUAAUUAAUUUCAUUGAUUCUUCCAUCAGAAAUUAUAAUCUAUCUAAAUUAUUAAACAGAACUUAGCAUAAUGUUUUAAUUAAAUUCUUUUUUUUAAUCCAAUGUUAACUUAGGGAACUAGUUUAUUUAAUCUACAAUGUCACUUAUGUUUAUUAGGUAUUCAGUUACCUUUGCAUUAAUUACAAUUAUCUUUAAAUCUGUUUUUAUAGUGUAGUUAACGUUUUCAUUACUUAACAUUUCUAUAUAAUUAAUAUUUUUAUUGUAUAAAUAUACUUUUAUUUUAUUGAUUAUUUUCCCCACAUAUUCCGUUAAAACACAAUGAUAAAUGAGAAUAUUAUCUUUAAACACACAGUUACUGGAAGAAAAGAGGAUGAACGUAUCGUUGAAAAAACGAACAAUCAAGCAGUGCAAGAUAAAACACAUUUAAACGUUUCAGACGUUAACAUCGUCGAAAUCAAUGAAACUGGCAAACGCCAUUCUUUGAUCGUAAAACCGAAAACAGUUAAGCAGGUAAUGUUGUUUUAUUUUUUUUUCGAUCUAUAAAAGUACUUUGAACUACUUACAUUUGCAUUGGUAUUAGUUAUUCAAAGUGAAUAUGUAAUUUUAUUCCGUUUUUCCUGUUAUUUAUCUGAUGUUAAUAAUAUUGUUUUUUAUUUGUCGUAUAUAUACACGGAUAACUGAAUUCCACAAAAAGAAAACUGUCAAUGAAAUUUUAAAUGUAAAGAAAACUCACCUAGGUGAUGUUCAAUGUCUGCAAGAUAACCCAAGUGACACUUCUGGUGAGACUAUUUUUCCAAGUUUUCAGUGUAUUUCCUAAUAUUUUAAAUUCGUUAAUCUAAUUAUAAUUUUAAAUUGUUGUAAUUAUUUUUUUUUGUGAUAUUAAUUUAAAAAAAAAAAAGAAAAAUAUAAAUUCAGAGGUUACACAAAGAUCUGUCACCGGAAAUAACUUAUGUUCGAUUCUAUAUUUUUAUUUUUUUAAUAAUUUCAAUAAUUUUUGUCAGGUUUUCAAUAUUUUCUUUGGUAUUCUUAUACUUGAUUUGACAUUAUAAUAGUUUUUAAACAAACAUAAAAUACUCAAUCCGCAUUUUCAGAUUCAACAAAAUGUAAAAAAUAAAUAACCAUGUACCUCCAUCGUAAUUUUCUGAAAAUAUGUUUAAAAAAUGGCUAUUUUCAAUUUGUAUAGAUCAAAAUAAAAAAAAAUUAACUCUUACGCUUUUAUUAUAUUAAAAUAAGUGCAUGCAUGUAAUGCUAGAAACCGUUCGAAUUUUUUUUUUGUUUUGUUUUCAUAAUUNACAUAAAAAACUCAAUCCACUUUUUCAGAUUCAACAAAAUGUAAAAAAUAAAUAACCAUGUACCUCCAUCGUAAUUUUCUGAAAAUAUGUUUUAAAAAAUGGCUAUUUUCAAUUUGUAUACAUCAAAAUAAAAAAAAUUAAUUCUUACGCUUUUAUUAUAUUAAAAUAAGUGCAUGCAUGUAAUGCUAGAUACCGUUCGAAUUUUCUUUUUGUUUUGUUUUCAUAAUUUGGUUUGGUGUCUAUAAAUAUAUUUUCAUUUCAUUGAUAAUUCCUCCGAAAUAUUCCGUUAAAAUACAAUGAUUAAUGUCAGUAUUAACAUUAAACACACAGUGUCGUCACAAAUUGAGGAUGAACAUAUCGUUGGAAAAGCGUACAAUCAAGAGCUUCAAGUUAAAUCAGAUACAUACGCAUCAAAACUAAAAAAUCCUAAAAUCGAUCAUCAAAGGCAACAACCACCUUCGAUCAUACCACCAAAAACGGAUGAUCAGGUAAUUUUGUUUUAAUAUUUUUUCGAUCUUUCAUAGUACUAUGAACCAGUUACAUUUGCGUUGGCUUUUUUUAUAUUCAAUAUGAAUAUGUAAUUUUAUUUUUUUUUUCUGUUUUAUGUCUGUCGUUAAUAAUAUUAUUUUCGUUUUUCGAACAUACUCAUAGAUUUCUAACGACCACAAGGUUAAUGCUCACGAGACAAAAUCCGAUGAAAACAAAACCGUCGUCGGUGAUUCCCAAGGCUUACAAGAAAAUCCGAUGGACAUUUCUGGUAAGACUAUUUUUCCAAGAUUGCAAUGUUCUACUUUAUUAUUUUUAGUCCAUUUAUAAAAUUAUUGUUUUCAAUGAUGUGAUAAUUUUCCUUUUUCGGAUUCUAAUUUUUAAAAAAAGAAAACAACAUAUUAAUAUUAUUUUUAACACACAGGUAGUGUUUAGUGGCCAUUCAAUUGUUUUUUUUCAGUUAAUUACAUUGCACUAUAACUAAAUGUUAUGUAAAGAUUAUGAUUAGAAAAAUAAAAGUUAUUUAGAAUAAGGACAAAAAAAAAAAAAUAAAUAUAAACUCAGUAUGUAGCACGCUUUUAAUAGAAAAUCGAUAGCCGAUGAGUACAACAACGCAUUAUAUUUACCUUUAUAACCUACCUCUCCAAUAUUAACGUACCAUAUAAACUAUGUCCAUCUAUUUUUAAUAUAAAUUCAUUGGUUAUUAAUACAAAAUUGAUAUACUUUUACUUUGAUCCGGUAUGCAUAAAAACUUUUACUUUGAUCCGGUAUGCAUAAAAAUUACAUGGUUAUUAAUACAAAAUUGAUAUACUUUUACUUUGAUCCGGUAUGCAUAAAAAUUACACAAUACAUAACCGUAAACUUAAAUUUACUUAUUAAAUCAAACGAAUGAAUAGAAUGUUUAUUUUAUUAAAAGUGGGUACAUAAUAUUUAAUAAAGAUAUAAAAUGGACUCAUAUCACGGAGUUAAAAGAUUUACUUCAGUGUUUUGGAUUCCAUUUAAUUUAUUAUUUUGAUUUAAUGUUAUCUUACGGAGCGUAUUUAUCAAUUGAUUUAUAUACAUUGUUAUACAUUUUUUUAUUGAAUUUUAAUUUAUUGUAUUUAUAAACAUUAAUUAGUUUCACUAAUUUGUCCACCAAAAAUACUGUUAAAUACAAUUAUUAAAACAGUAUUAAAAUUUUACACACAGAAUCUACAAACGAUGACGAUAGAAUGAAAGAUCAAAAGACGUACAAUCAAAAGUUCCCGGUUAUACAAGAAGCGAAAUCUUUAGGAACACAAAACAUGGAGAUUAAUCGAAAACGCCAAGGUUUAAAUAAAACACCUAAAAUGGUUAACCAG